UCCAUGGACCGCCGCGCGCACCUUUCCUCCGACUCCUAGUUGAUGACGUCCGAGAGCCGCAAAUCCCAGCGCGAGCCGAUGUGUAAGCGCGGUAAUCUUCCUCUAGUUUUAGUAGAUGAAUGAAGCAGCUAGGAGCAUGUCUGAAGAUGAAAACUGUGAGGGAAGUGAGCCGACGUAUGAUACAAAUGACUUUGAUGUAUCUCACUCACUGUCCAUAAAAGUCGAAUACUACAGAUCAUUUGAGUACACCCUGAAUUGGACGACGCCCAUGUCUCUCCGACGAUCCUCCAGACUGAAGUUCCCCCAGAAAAGUCCUGCAUCAGACAAAGACGUCGCUCGGCCUCUCCGUAGGAGCCAGAGAGGAAGGCCGCGGUUGGAGGAGACCCACCCAGAUGAGAGUGAGGGAAGUGACAUCAUCGACCUCAUCACCAGCAAUCCUUUUGCCAAGGAAGGGGCCGCGAGGGAGGCUGUUGGCAUGCUCAGUUAUGGACUGGAUAAGUCAAAUGAUGAAAGUGGCUCUGAAAGCAGCAACAGCAGCAUAGUUUCAGGACCGUCCGCUCUGUGCUGUGAUUACAGAGACCAGCUUUACAAUGACGUUUGCUCAGCUUGCCAUAAGCUCUAUGAGAAGGCUAAAAGGUUGAAGACGCCGAUCAGAAGCAAACUUCUAGAUAAUGAUCCCAAGUCUCUGACCUGUGACCAAUGGGUCCUGAUGAAAAGAUGGAAGCCUAAAGGACAACCUGAUGCCAGACGGAGGUUGUUAAGUCACAUUCAGCUGGAUGAUGGAGUCGUUGUGAGACGAGGAGAGCAAUCCUCACCCUGUUCGAGGCCGCACAUUUUCCUCAAGAGGUAAACUGUGUGCUUACUUUUUUACAGUUUUGUCAUU